AUGCUCGAGAAAGUUUCCUCAUCGAGGAUGGAGAGGAGGACAGGGUCAAGGGCCGACCGAACAGCUCCUUUGUCGGGGAUUAUUCGUCGAAACCAUGUGACGAGGUGGCUUCGUUCGUCCGUUAAGGAGUCAUCGAGGGCCUUUCGGCCCGUGAUAAUCUCCAUGAGGAUGACCCCGAAGGCGUACACGUCUACUUUUGUGAUUCUUUGCAGAAAACAAACAGAACAUACCCGCGUAUUCCGGCGCAAGAUAACCGAACGUCCCAGCAAGCCGUGUCUCCACAGACCCGAAAUCCGCCACUUUAGCUCUCAUAUCAUCCCCAAGCAAUAUAUUCGACGGCUUCAAAUCCCUGUGUAUGAAGCUCUGCUGAGCCAAGCUGUGCAAAUACUCGACUCCUCUUGCAACAUCCAAGGCUAUAGUAACUCUCUGGUUCCAGUCGAGCGUGGGACCCUUCAUCUCCUUCCAGUGGAACAAAUGCUGCCCCAAGCACCCUUGAGUCAUGUACUCGUACACCAAAAGCCUCUCACUCCCGUUAUCACAAAACCCGUGUAG